GAGAUUAAACUAUUGGAUAAUUGACACUUCCGGUUUGAUGUUAUUGCGGAAAUUAAGCACAAAUAUCCGUUUUUUCCAGCAAGUACGAAGAUUUUGCGCAAUUCAAGCUAACAUGACGAAGGCCCUGUUGAUACUCUCCGAGGGGGCAGAAGAAAUGGAGACUGUCAUUAGCGUGGACGUGCUUAGAAGGGCCGGGAUUGAUGUGACUGUAGCUGGGCUGAACAGCGCAGAGGCGGUUGAGUGUAGUCGUAAGGUGAAGAUUGUACCCGACAUGUCGCUUGGUGAGGCCAGCAAGCACGGGCCAUAUGAUGUCAUCGUCUGUCCUGGGGGAGCUCAGGGUGCUAAGAACCUUGCUAGUUCUGCAGAGGUUGGACAGAUCUUGAGUGAGCAGGAGAAAGGAGGCAGACUGGUAGCUGCUGUCUGUGCAGCCCCAAUCGCUCUUGCCAGCCAUAAAAUUGGAAGUGGAAAAUCUGUGACCUCGCAUCCUAGUGUCAAGGAUAAAAUGACUUCAGCUGGGUACCAGUACUCCGAAGACAGAGUGGUACAAGAUGGAAAACUGAUUACAAGUCGCGGACCUGGUACUACUUUUGAGUUUGCCCUGAAAAUUGUGGAAGUCUUGCUCGGAGCUGACAAAGCCAAUUCCCUUGUGCCACCAAUGCUUUUAAAAUUGUGAAAAGGUGACUUUCGCGAAAACAAAGCCAUAAAGGGCAUACCUGAAAGGAUCCCUUUUAAAAAAAUAAUAAUUCUGGUGCCAUUUUUGUUUUUCUAUGAGUGUGAUAGAUGACUUAAGCUCAAUUUAAAAUGUAAAUGGCUAACCAAAACUGGUCCCUUUUAAUUUCUCUUCGCCGGUGACAUUUUUUUAUUUCUAAGAGUGUCAUCUAUAAAGUUCUUUAGCUCAAUUUAAACUGCAAAUGGCUUACCAAAAAGAAUCCCUUUUCGUUUUCUCUUUGCUGGUGCUACAUAUACUUUUGUAACUAUGAAAAGUUUUUAACUUAAAAAGUAAUGGUAAAAUUGCAAUUCUUAUUUAUUGCAAUUCUUUUAACAGAUCAGUGAUCCUUUUGUUCCCAAAGUAAAGUGUGUAGUAUAAUAAUAUAACGGUACAAUUUUGUUUGAACCGGAGGGGGUGGGAAUUAUCUUUGGAAAACCAGAUUAUUUAUAAUCCCGAUCUGCAACUAUUCCAGUGGAUAUAUAAUGUUGGAAGAAUCUCUUAACAGCAGUUUGCCAUAAUUGUUUUGAUGUAUAGUAUGUAGAUAUCUGUGCAAAAAAUGUUGCAGAUUGUAAAAUGAUGUGAAAUCCUGUAUGUUUGCAGUUAAUUGACCCAUAUUGCUUUUUAGGAUAUGUCAGUAUAUGAUAUUAUGUACUUGAUUUAUUGUUAAGCAUUAACUUGGCACCUUGGCAUUUUAAGUGCAAAUUGUUUUUAGUUUGUAAAUUGUUUUUGAAGAAAUAAAAACUUUAAAAAACUGUUUUUGUUAUAUU